GGCUCGCAACGCCCUCACUCCCCCAAGACUCCUUCCCAGCCAGGCUCCCAGCGCCGGAGCAUCCAAGGCGAGCUGGGGAUAAACCACCACUCCACAAGCAGGGGCAGCUACCCCCCCUGCCCUGCUCUUCCUCAACCGCUUCGACGAACCGGGGAGAGGCGGCGCGAGUGGCCAGCGAGAUGGAAGGGGCGAAGCAGAAGCGGCGGCCGCUGACGGUGAUGGCCUCCUCCUCCUCGUCGCAGGUGGCGGCGGCGCGGGGCAUGGGCAUGGCCAACCCGCUGGCGGAGUGGAGCGACCGCUUCAGGUCCCUGGAGGCCGGCCUGCGGGCGUGGCUGGCGAAGCAGCCCACCCACGUGGAGGCUGCCGUGUCCACGACGCUCGGGGCCGUGCAGGGCGCCGCGCUCGGCGGGCUCAUGGGCACUCUCGCGCCCGACGGCGGCGCCGCGCUCCCCGUGCCGCCGCCGCCGCUAGGGGCCGACCCCAAGGCCCUGGCCUCCCUCAAGCAGGCGCAGGCUCUAGCCGGUGGACCCCUGGUGCAAGCACGAAACUUUGCAGUCAUGACUGGAGCGAAUGCGGGUAUAUCCUGUGUUAUGAGAAGGAUAAGAGGAGUGGAGGAUGUCCAGGGCAGCAUGGCAGCAGCUUUUGGUUCUGGGGCUCUAUUCUCCAUCGUGAGUGGAACAGGAACAUCAAAUCCAGUAGCUAAUGCAAUUACAACUGGUGUUGCAUUUGCUGUAUUUCAAGGUGGUUUUUUCAUGAUCGGUCAAAAGUUUUCGCAGCCAAAAAGUGAAGAUACAUACUAUUCUCGUGGAAGAAGCAUGUUGCAAAGUUUAGGCCUUCAGAACUACGAGAAGAAUUUCAAGAAGGGUCUCCUGACUGAUCAAACCUUGCCCCUCCUUACUGACAGUGCACUCAGAGAUGUGAAGAUCCCUCCUGGUCCCAGACUCCUCAUACUCGAUCACAUUAAAAGAGAUCCUGAAUUGACAAGAGCAAAUUAAAAUGAUUGGCACUCUCUGUCGGAGCCACCUUUUUUUCUUCAAGUUGCAUAGGUUUUUGUGGGAAACUUAACUAUUCAUAGGUUUCAUAUUUGGUUGUGUUUCUAGUAUAUGUUUUGUAGUCAUCAGACAAUUAUCAAUUUGCAUGCAUCGAUGUGUAUUGAAGUUUCUAUGAAUCAAUCUAUUCUCUUGGAAUGGCAGAAUUUUAUAUUCUCAA